UCGCGCAACAACUGCUACGGGCUGGGCCGGGGAGUCUCGUUGUGGCGCCCUUUUAUUUAUUUUGUUUGACUUCUGUGGUGCGGAGGGCACUGGGGCGCCGCCGGGGUGGGGCAGGGCCGCUGGGGCUGCCCGUUCGCCACCUCUGGGCCCCCGCCGGUUUCCCCGGUGCGUUUCCUGUGCUUCGCGGGGUGGCACUUCGGGCGGACGCCUAGUGCAGGCCGAGCACCCCUCGCCGAAAACCCGAAGCACUCGGCCUCGGAAACCUCCGAGCCCCUUCUCCCCCGGCACCGCAGUUGAAAUGUCAAUGCAUGACACUUGCAGUCCUGCACGAAGCUUCCUCUGUGACCUUUGGCAGUAGCAUUAAGACACACUGGAUCCCUGGUGAAGUGCCCAGUGCUUGGAAAGAAACCGUAUGUUUGACUUUUGGCUCUUUUCAUAGCCAGCUGUGUGACUUUUGAACCUCUAGCAUGCAGGCCCCCAGCUCUCGGUCUGUGCACCUGAGCGAGUGGCAGAAGAACUACUUUGCAGUCACAUCUGGCUCAUGUACCCCGGAACAGAAGGCAGAUGCAUACCGCGCACAGAUACUACGCGUUCAGUAUGCCUGGGCAAACACCGAGAUCUCCCAGGUCUGUGCUUCCAAACUGUUCAAAAGGUAUGCAGAGAAAUACUCUGCAGUUAUUGAUUCUGACAAUGUGGAAACUGGCUUGAAUAACUAUGCAGAAAAUAUUUUAACUUUGACAAGAUCUCAGCAAGCUGACAGUAACAAGUGGCAGUCUGGGUUGUCAAUAAACAGUGUUUUCAAAAUGAGUAAUGUGCAGAAGAUGAUGCAGGCUGGCAGGAACUUCAGGGACUCUGUGCUGGGACCUGCGGAUGCAUCGGUGGUGAUCCAGCAGGAGGUCCCUGUCUUUGAUUUUCCUGACUCUGGUGUUCGUGGGGGUGCAGGAGACGGUGACCUGUUACCCAGCUCAGUUCCUGACACAGCCAAGAUCCAUGACAUCCCAGGCAGCAACCCUUGGAGGUACCCUCAGAGCAUCCAACCAUCCAUGGUGCCUGACAGUGCUCGGACUUGUCCCACAUCGUCCAGGCAUUUAGAUGGGUCAGCCACAGCCAGAUUCCACACCACGCCAUUGUUUGGAGGUGGCCCAAAGGAAAGUCACAGCUCUCCUCAAACCAACACAGGAAAGCAAAUGUUCUCAUCCAACCUGUCUCCUUUUUCUUCUGGCUGUGAAAACCUCCAGGCAAGGAGGGCUUUUUAUAGUUCUGUCUCCAUUGAUGCUCUUUCCAAUCCAGUACUGAAUAAGACUUCUAACAAAACAGAAGAUGACAGCCCAAGGGAGGACAGAAAUCUGCCUACUUUUAAAACAGCAAAGGAACAGUUAUGGGUAGAUCAGCAAAAAAAGGGCCAACAAUCCCAGCGUGUACCAGGGUCCUCAUAUGGGGGUGUGAAAAAGUCUCUGGGGGCUGGUCGAUCUCGAGGGAUAUUUGGGAAAUUUGUUCCUCCCGUGCCAAAGCCUGAGGGGGCAGAGCAGGAUGGAGGCAUGCAGUACAAGCCGUCCAGGGCAGCGCCCACAGAACCAGUCCAUACUGCUGACGAGCGGCUCAAGAACUUGGAGCCUAAGAUGGUUGACCUGAUUAUGAAUGAGAUCAUGGAUCAUGGGCCUCCAGUGCACUGGGACGACAUCGCGGGAGUAGAGUUUGCGAAAGCCACGAUAAAGGAAAUAGUUGUGUGGCCCAUGAUGAGGCCAGACAUCUUCACUGGGUUACGGGGACCCCCUAAAGGGGUUCUGCUGUUCGGGCCCCCUGGUACUGGAAAGACUCUGAUUGGCAAGUGCAUCGCCAGCCAGUCUGGGGCGACCUUCUUCAGCAUCUCGGCCUCAUCCUUGACCUCCAAGUGGGUGGGAGAAGGGGAGAAGAUGGUGCGCGCUUUGUUUGCUGUGGCGAGGUGUCAGCAGCCAGCUGUGAUAUUUAUAGAUGAGAUUGACUCCCUGUUGUCCCAGCGAGGAGAUAGUGAACACGAAUCCUCUAGGAGGAUAAAAACGGAAUUUUUAGUUCAGUUAGACGGAGCAGCCACAUCUUCUGAAGACCGAAUUCUAGUAGUGGGAGCCACAAAUCGGCCCCAAGAGAUUGACGAGGCUGCCCGGCGAAGGUUGGUGAAGAGACUGUAUAUCCCCCUCCCGGAAGCCGCAGCCAGGAGACAGAUAGUAACAAAUCUGAUGUCCAGGGAGCAGUGCGAGCUCAGCGAGGACGAGAUCCGCCAGGUUGUGCAGCAGUCUGAUGGUUUCUCAGGGGCAGAUAUGACCCAGCUGUGCCGGGAGGCAUCCCUCGGUCCCAUUCGCAGCUUACAGACUGCCGACAUUGCUACUAUAACUCCGGAUCAGGUCCGGCCCAUCGCGUACGCUGACUUUGAAAACGCGUUUAGAACUGUGCGGCCCAGCGUAUCUUCAAAGGAUUUGGAGCUGUAUGAAGACUGGAACAGAACCUUUGGCUGUGGGAGGUGAAUGGGACGCUGCAAAUUAAAACGUGACAUCUUUUUAGCACUGGCCAGUUUGUUUUUAGCACAGGAACUGGGGACAUGGGAAGUACACUGCUUGGGACGUGCUGUGAAUUCUGCACAUUGGAGGAGGGUAGAAACAGUUCAGGGUUUCCAGCCGGUGGUUUGGCCUGUGUUGAAUGCUUUACUUGCCUUCCAAUUGUUGUCUGACGUCUGUAAGUUAUUUAAGCUGCAUGAGGCUGAACUUUUUGUUUUACUUCUAGGAAGUCUUGAAGGUGAAUAGCGAGCUCCAAUCAGAGCUUUACUCUGGAGAUUAUGUUUAUUAGUGCGAACGUAUUAAACGAAGUUCCUCUGAAGGUCUUGUGGUUCUUACGGUUGGCUGCAACAGUGAUUUCCAUUCCAAGCUGCAUUGGUCGCUCCCAUUUAGCUGCCUAAAGAUUUCAUCAAAAGCUAGAAUAAAACUGACAGCUUUCACUUCCUUUGGCAAGUUUGUUACUUAUUUUAUGAUUUUCUUUUCUUAUCAAGACUAAUAACGUGUUCAGAAUUAGCAAUCUAUCGGAGACACAGCCACAGAACCGAAGGUAAAGAGUGCUGUACUUUUGCAGAGAAUCUACAAUGUUUACAUUAACAAAUUAUUUGAUACUACUUCACCACCUGUCAUAUUACUAUUUUUUUUUUUUUUUUGUCUUUUUCCUUUUUAUUGGUACCAGGGAUCGAACUCACGACUACCUGCUUGCAAGGCAGGCGCUUACAUAUUACUAUUUUUUAAAAUAAAUGUUUUCAGGCUUAUAAUGGGCCAUUUGGUUUUAUACAUAAUAUAUGUGCUCAUUGUGAAAACUUUAGAAAAUAGAGAUGAAAAGAGAAUAAAAAUCACUAUUAUAUUACCA